ACAGACUCCAUUUUGUUCGUAAUAAACAAAGCAGGUGUCGGAGGGAGCACAACUACAAGCAAAAUGACGACCUACGAUGAGCCUUCGAUUUACAAUCUGCUUACCGUCGAAGAAAAAAAGGAAAAGAAGCCAAAAAAGUAAUGGUUUAAAUAUUUUUAGUACCGCUUGUAUUUCGAUCACGGAAUUUCCUGAUAUUAAUUCGAUCGUACUUCAUUUAACUCAAUUAAUUUUAUAAAUUAGCCUUGGCCUUUAAUGAUGAUGGCCUUAUUAUUAGGACAGACGUUUGAUUUUCAUUUAGGCCUUGGUCCAUAUUCUAAUUUUCAUAAUCGUAAACAAAGAAUAAGCUAAUUAAAUUAAUUUAAAAUUACUAGUAUUGGAAUUAAUUAAAAUAAGAUUGACAAUAAGAAGAAGCAGUGGACCAUGUAUGUUCACCAUAUUUUAUUUGUUAUACCUAACUCUAACCUAAAGUCUAAAGUAUCUAUGAUUUUUAUUUUUAGGAGUCUUGACAUAUUUUAAAAAAAAAAUAAUUUGAAAUUUUAUUUAGGCCUACUACUGUAGUAAAUAUUUGGGUAAUCUACCACUUGAGCGUCGGCCAAGAAAAAAUCCAGUUGUUCCGGUUGGAAGGGCUAUUUAAACAACUAUUCUUACAUUGGAGUCUGUUAAUAUUUUUGCUUCCGUAUAGAGGCUAUAAAGUUAUGUAGCACAAUACUGAUACAUUUAAAUAAUUAUUACUGCCAAGCUACUGAUAUGCCAGGAAGAAAAAGAGACUACAAUUAUUUUUUUUGAUCCAGAUGACGCGGAUGUCCACACACAGAAUGUGGAAAACGUGAAUACUCAGAAAGCGUAAACUGAAAAGACAGUUUGGCACAAGAAAAAGCGCCGGUGAUCUUUACCCUUCAUAUUUACCACAACCGUUUUCGUGGAAAUUAAAUUUUUUAGAACUUCAUUGUCAAUUUGGGGAGAACUAUGCAUAAUUUUCAAACACUAUCUUCUAUUUCAAAAAAAUGUUAUAAAUUUUCUCUUUUAAAAAAAUUGUCUAUUAUUAUGGGAAUGAAUACGUACAACCAACAUCAUUAAAAAUAAUAUAAGAAUAGUUGUUUAAAUAGCCCUUCCAACCGGAACAGCUGGAUUUUUUCUUGGCCGACGCUCAAGUGGUAGAUUACCAAUGUAUGUUAGUAUAUGUAAUAGUUUCGUGUCUGUGUAUCUUGAGUAUGCAGUUGGUAUUUUUUUCUGGUAUAUGGGAUUUAUUGUUAUCAAAAACUCAACUUUUAUAAAUAUUUAACCACUUUUUCAUGAGUUAUUCAGUUAUUUUAUGACAUUAUUAUGAUAUUCUUUAAAUUUUAAUAGGCACACCUCAAAAUUUAGAGAGACUGUCAAAGAGGAAUAUGUUGCUGGAAGGGAUACAUAUAAAACUAUGGGUCCAGCUAAAGUCCCAGUACCCAAACCAACAGAUUAUUUGAAGAAACAUGAAAAAGAACCACAGCUUCCUAACAGUAAGCUAUUAUACUAUAACAUUCUCUUUAUGACCUAAUUCGUUUGUUUACAAAAUCCAAUAAAGAUUUUUGUAAAAUUCAGGUAUAUUUAGAAUAAAUAUUUAUGGCUUAUGGACUCUUUAUUUAUAUUGAUUUAUCAUCUUUGUUUUAUAAAAUAAAAAUAGUAGUUAUGUUGGCCCUUUGCAACCAAUGGUGUAGAUUCUCCCAAGUGUCAAAUCUUGUUUAGGCGUAUGCUAUUGUAUGUACAUCAUGAAAUCUGCUCUUUAUUCAUUAGUAGCAGUAGUUGCCUUGCAUGGGUAAAUCUGACAAAGCAGUAAAAAAUAUAGGAACCGGUACUUGGGUUUUAUCCAUUUUUUCACUGAGCAAGACAAAGUGAUGUAAAUUCAAGCAACUGAAGACCAUUCCAUUGCUUUUUGAAACUAGGGAGGAUGUUAAUCCCAAAAAUGCUAAUUAUUAUUUUUUUUUAAAUUAUAUUUUAAUGCGAUCCAAUGAUUUUUUAAAAUUCUGAUUAUUCAGAAUUAAAAAUUUAAAAUGGAUCUUGUCCCCCGGGCGCGAAUCUUGUCCCGGGGCGCCAAACACCCUCGCUACGCCUCUGGCUGUCAUCACUCCCAAGAAAAAGUGAUAAACAAUUACAAAAACUUUGAUGUCAUUUCAAUUGAAAAACCUCAUGUAAUAAAUUGUUCAAAAACAUGUUUUUCUUUAGAUUUUUAUCAGAUUACUAUGGUUAAGUGUGCACUAGUGAUGUUGAAUGUACCAUUGUUUCUAAAAUGGUUUUUUUUAAUGAGAUUUAACUCAUUUACAAAUACUUGGCAGGAAUUUAAUCACACAUCAAACUCUGUUUAAGGGAAUUCGCAAAGGGAAACCUCUACUAUUUUCAUAAUUAUUUCCCCUAGCUGACACAGAUCGACUGCAUGUACCCCUUUGCUAAUCAUUUGGUUCCAUAAUUAAUUUUAUCUCUGCUGACUUAAUAUUUCCAUUUCUUUCAUUAGAGGAAGAGUUUCAUUAUCCUGAUGAAAAUCGAAAAAGACCCCCAGUACCUAAGAAAGAUGAAUUACCUCUAAUGGGUCUGAAAACAACGAAGAACUUUAUUAACACCAAUGCUGUUGAAAAUAUUACAUCUGUACCUAAAGUUCCAGCCAAAAAGUAUGUGGACACCAGACAUGGAGAUGUACAUAACUUAAUUCCUUCAGGAUUUGAACCCGUUUUUGUUCACAAAAAGGUAGGGUAUACUACCAAAGAAAAAUAUAUCAAUGAAAAACAUAGAAUUUAGCUAAUUUGGUCUGACUAUGAUGAUAUUUUAAAACACUGCAAGUCACUAUUAAUAAAUAUUAAAUUAAAUUUGUAGAUUUCAAGGGGAGAAAGUAAAAAAAUUGAUGAAAUCAAAACUUGAAAAUAAAUAAGUGCAGAUUUUUUUUUCUGUUAAACUGUCUGUUUUGGACCCUUAUUGAGCCGAUAUGGGGAUAAAUUACACCAAAAAAACUUUAUUUACAUAUUUUUUACUGUAACUGGUAUGAUAUCUAUCUCGUAUGAUUUGUUUAAAAUAAAAAAUUAGUAAAAUAUCAUAGAUGAUGCUAAUUUUAAUUUGGCAUUUUCCUUUAGGAUUUUGGUGAAGUACCAACAUACUUGGUCAAACGAAAAGAGGAAGUGAAGAGAGCACAAGAUGAAUAUGACCAGUAUAUUGCAGAAAACUUCAGACGUGGAGCCCUGCGCCAGCUGACUGAAGAUGAGCGUCAUGCUAUUUUGGAUGGACUGAAGGCGAAUUGGGAGGAUAUACAAGACCAAUAUCAAGGCUUGUCAGUGGUCACAGAUACAGCCCCCAAGAAGCAGAAAAAAGAGAGGAUGGAAGCACAGAUGAAACAACUUGAAAGAGACAUUGAACUAUUUGAGAAACACAAACUUAUUUACAUAGGAAAUUGAGGGGCACCAUAGUAAAUAUUUAUUUUUGUUUAUUUUAACUCCAUUAUUGAAUGGAAUCCUGAAAAAUAUUUUUUAGCAACAUGAUAAAUUUACUGAAGUAUAUGUACAGUUUAAGACUGCUUUCACCUUUAAAGAUUAGAUUGUUCCUUAUAGAAAAAUGUGGAAACGCUAAUGGCUAUGCUAUUCUUGGUUGCAUUUGUCACGUCCGUUUCAUUUCUCUAUGGUCAGUAAUCUCAUAAGUGUAGGUUUCUAUAUGAUUCAUGUUCUUUUAUUUGUAGAUAAGAGGAAAAUUAUUUUCACUGUCAACAUUUAUUUCUAUGAAUACUUACACCACUGUUGUUUCCUUCCAAAAAAACAUUUUUAAAAAAAAAUAUUCUUUCCUGAAAGAAAAUCAAGAACCUUUUACUUUUAUAUGCAUAUAUGAAUUUUAUAUGUAACUGCUUAAAUAAAUAUUAUUUAACAACUGAAAUGAUUGGUUGUUCUUUUACUCUUGGGUGCCCAGUGUAACAGACCAAGUUACAACCAGUAAUUAGUUUAAGACAGUAUAGGUAGUUUAGAAGAUCACAGAAAUAUUUAACACUAAUAGUUUCGAUAACACCUAUUUCAAGGGUCUUUUAAAGUGAUGAGCCAUUUGUAUGAAUUAUAUCUGUUAAGAAUAUAUUUUGGGAGCCACAGGCAGGUCGAAUAGUUUAAAUGUCAUAGAUAAGUAAGAGAAAAUAAAAACAAC